AGUGAGUGUUAUAUACGUUUUGUAGUAUUGAACAAAGUGAUGACCGAGUGAAGCUACAGUAUAACCUUAGCGAUGAGUUACUCCAGUGAAGCUAAACAGCUGGUCGUAGAUGAGGAAGCAGCCACGGGAAUACUCCAGCAUCUCGACAAAAAUGAACUGCAAAACCUUCUAGAAGACAAUGACAAGUUAGAUGGAUUAAUAAAGGAUUUACAACAGGUCAAAAACAUACAAACAGACAGAGAAAUGAUGCUUGCCAAAAAUAAAAGCAUGGCAGAGUACAACUUAACUUUCCAAAGUCGACUAGAGACCUUGAAAAGUGAAGUUGCUAAAGGUUAUGAGGAUGCUAAUAAGUUGAAAAUAGCUCUGGCUCAGGAUAAAUCUAGAAUAGAUUCACACCCGAGUCGCCUUCUGCCUGACACAGUCCUGGCUUUGUUACAGUCUGCUGCUGCAGUGUCAGAAGAAAGUUCAGAGCAAUUUGCAGAGCAGUUCUGUGACAGUAAGAUAAAUCAUGAAGCUUUCUUAGAGAAUUAUCUCCCUGUUAGAACAGUUGCUCAUUUAAGACAAGUGAAAGUGAAGAAAUUAACAGAACUGAUGAAUUCUGGACUCUCAAGGCCAGAUGUUCCCACUGUUAACCCCUCGACAAACAGUUAUUCCUGUCCCAGUGGCCUGACCAAUCUACCCUACCCUAGUGGGAACUUUUCAAUGCCACAGCCAGCAAUGUAUCCUAGAUAGUGCUGAAGGAUUUAUGUGAAUUUCUUUUUCAUGAAUUGUGAAAUUAGAGGGCAUACUACUAUUUUACGUAUAGAUUCCAAACCUAAAAUCUCAUUGUUUGCUGCAAUAUAAGUGUAAAAAGACAGACUUUGUUUUUAGCUCACCUCAACGAAGUUGGGGGAGCUUAUGUAAUACCCUCGGCGUCGGCGUCCCAGGUUAAGGUUUUUGGAGCAGUUUUCUUUUCAAGUACUUCUAUGGCCUAUAUUAGUCAGAGAUGCAUGGAGGAUGCUUCUAGUGUGUUUCAUUGUACCAGUCAAGGUUUCAGAUGCUGCAAUUUCAGCUAAAGAAUGACCAGGUUAAUGUUUUUGGAGCAGGUUAAAGUUUUUGGAGCAGGUCUCAUUUCCAAGUAACUAUAAGCCCUAUAUUGACCAAACUUGCAUGGAUGAUACAUCUAAGGAUGCACACUACUGGACUUGCUUUGGAUGCUGGAUCUGACCUAUAUUUUCUGGAUGAGUGACCAGGUCAAAGUUUUUGGAGCAGAUCUCAUUUCCAAGUAACUAUAAGCCUUAUAUUGACUAAACUUGCAUGGAUGAUACAUCUAAGGAUGCACACUACUGGACUUGCUUCGGAUGCUGGAUCUGACCUACAUUUUCGGAUUGAGUGACCAGGUUUAAGUUUUUGGAGCAGAUGUCAUUUCCAAGUAACUAUAAACCCUAUAUUGACCAAACUUGUAUGGAUGAUACAUCUAAGGAUUCACACUACUGGACUUGCUUCAGAUGCUGGAUCUGACCUACAUUUUCCGGAUGAGUUACCAGGUUAAAGUUUUUGGAGCAGAUGUCAUUUCCAAGUAACUAUAAGCCCUGUGUUGACUAAACUUGCAUGGAUGAUACAUCUAAGGAUGCACACUACUGGACUUGCUUCGGAUGCUGUAUCUGACCUACAUUUUCCGGAUGGAGUAACCAGGUUAAAGUUUUUGGAGCAGAUCUCAUUUCCAAGUAACUAUAAGGCCUAUCUGAACCAAACUUGCAUGGAUGAUACAUCAAGGGACGAACAAUCUCAAACUUGCUUUGGAUGCUGGAUUUGACUUACAUUUUCUGGAUGAGUGACUAGUUUUCAGAUAAGUAUAUUCCCAAGUAACUGCAAGCCCUAUCAGACCAAAAUUGCAUAAAUGUUGCAUCUAGGGAUGCACACUCCUAGAUUGUUAGUUUAGUGUGGGACUUUGCCUUACUUAAAGACAACAUUCGUUGAGGUGAGCUCUGUAAUCUCUGAUAACCUAUGUUUUUGAAAUGUUUAAGAAUGACUUUGUGUUUAUAACAUGUUUGUAUAUUUUGCCAUAUGAAGUGCUGACACUGAACAAUGCAAAAUUAAUGUUUCAUGUUCUGUUGUGUGGUAAUAUAUUUGAGCUUUGCUAGAAUAGAAAACAUUGAGACAAAGGAAAACUGCCUUUUUUCCUCCAUAAAAUAGGGUACAUGUUUAUUGUGGAUGAUGGUUUUUUUAACAAAAUUUUAAUGACUUUUUAAGAAAAAAAAAGAACAUGCAUUCAAAUAUGAUGUUACCAUAAAUACAUAGACAAAAAUCAAUUAUUUGACAAGACAAAAAUGUAUGGGUUUAAGUAUGAUGGAAAAGGAAUGAAGAUGAAUCAUGCAUUUUUAGUUUAAUAUUCAGAAAUAUGUGUAAUGAUAUCCCCAUGAAAAAAAGAUGCCACAGACUGUGUACCCAUAUUUUACAUAAUGUGUACUACCAGUAUUUGUUUUAAAUUUGCAGCAUCCAAAUCUAUUUUAUUACGAGUUCAAAGAUUCUAUGAAUCUUUAAAGUUUUGACAAAUUUUAAAAGAAAUUCCUGUAAAUUAAUUCAUUUAGGUAUAUGAACAUGUAUUAUGAUGUUUGAAGAGCAAGCCAACUGUUUCAUUGGUUGUUUUUGUCUCUUAAAAAGCUCAUAACAGGCUACAGGUUUAAUCUGUUGGGUCUCUUUAAGGUAUUUCAUCCCUAAAAGCCUCAGAUUCAAUGAAAUUGAAUGCAUAUAUAACAGAUAUGAUUGAGUUGAAUGUAUAAAAAAAACAUGACUGAGUUGAAUAUGGUAUAUUAGAGGGUUGAAUACUCAUCAUUUAUUAAGAAAUAAUAUAUCUGGUAGAGAAAUUAUUUUCAAUUGUUAUUCUAUUCCUAAUGAUUAAACACAUCUUUUCACGACUGCAUUUAUUGAUAUUCUUAGUAUUUGAAGUUUAAAAAAAAAAGACUUGUCCCUAUAGACCUCAAUGCAAUCUUUGUUUCUUAAUUACUGCUUAAGCAAUUACAUUUUGGAAUUUUUUUUCUGGGAAAUCCUUCUCUACUGUAAAAUACUUUAAAUUAAUAUCAGAGUAUUAUAAACAUGUAUGUGACUGAUAUUUGAGGAUAGAGAAUUUGGUCCUAUAAGGGGUGGAAUACCUUAAAAAAAAUGAACAUGGCUGCCCGAGGUAUACUUGUUAUCCAGAAUGGUAAAGGAAAUAACAUUAUCCCUUCUUGAUUCAAAAUGUGUACAUGUACUUGUGUGCAUAGACUUUUGCAAUCAUUAAAAUAAACUUAUACUAAUAAAUAGUAUUUCAAAAGCUUG